AUGAAAGCACUGAGCAGGUUGUUAUUCUUGAUUGGUGUUGGAUUGGUAUCAUACCAUACCAACCCAACAAAGGAGGACUUUGAUCGUCAACUCUCACAACGAGUGUCAGACAGAAGUGGAAAGAUUGCUGGAUUCGUUGCAAAGAAUGCAAUGUCAAUGUUCAACAUUCUUGAUGUUAGAGUACGCAACUGCAUCUACUUCUCAAUGGCAACGAGAAGGUAUGAUAACUCAAAUGCUGAGGAUCUAGUUGGAAUAGGUGUUCUUGGCAAAUGGUUCUUCCUUCUUGACGAUUAG